AUGACAAGAAAGAAAGUAAAUUUUGCAUACAUAUCAAAUGAUAGUGCGAGGAAGGCCACUUUCAAGAAAAGGAAGAAAGGGCUGUUGAAGAAGAUGAGUGAGCUGAGUACCCUUUGUGCAAUCCAAACAUGUGCAAUUAUUUAUAGUCCCUACGAUCCAGAACCUGAGGUUUGGCCUUCCCCCUUGGGGGCGCAAAGUGUGGUUGCAAGGUUUAAGAACAUGCCUGAGGCGGAACAGAGCCGAAAAAUGAUGAACCAAGGAAGUUUCUUGAGGCAAAGGAUAACCAAAUUCGAGGAGCAAGUGAAGAAGCAGCAAAGAGAGAAUCGAGAGAGGGAGAUGACCCAAGUCAUGUACAAGAGCUUGGUUGGUAAUCAAGGGCUGCAGAAUCUGGGUGUUGUGGACUUGAACGACUUGGGAUGGGUAAUAGAGAAAACUAUAGAUGCGAUUGACGAGAGAAUCAAGUCGCUUCGAGAACAGAUAAUGCCUCCUCCCCAAGUCGUGACUGCAGGGACGAGCAGUGGCCAUGACGUUUAUCCUACUAAUCAGGAGAACUAUGGUGACGCCACAAAGAACAUAGCUGAUAUGGCUAUGGAUGUUUAUACGCCCAAUCAGCAGUUCAUGUCAAUGGUUCCGGACGUGGGUUAUGGAUUGAGGAACGAAGAUAUGGCAAUAUCUCAGAAUCCUCAAUGGUUAGUGGAGUUGCUAAGAACGAAUGAGAACGUGGGUUUUGGCAAGAACGAAGAUCACAAGCUGCCUUUCUCAUACAAUAGUAAUAACAGUACUUUGUGGUCUACUUUUGAACAUUUCCCCUAA